AUGACGCUGAACACAAAGAAACUCAUCAAGAUGGCCAAGAAAUGGCAACAAAGAGCAGCUUUAAGCAGGAAAAGAAUCUCAUUUCAGAGAUCGAGUACUACCAGUAACUCAACUACUGUAGAAAAGGGCUGUUUCGUGGUUUACACGGCAGAUAAAGCUCGCUUUGCUUUUCCGAUAAGUUACUUGAGCAAUUCUGUUUUCCAAGAGCUCUUGAAGAUCUCUGAAGAAGAGUUAGGCCUCCCUACUGGUGGACCAAUCACUUUGCCGUUCGAUUCAGCUUUCGUGAAGUAUCUCAUCACACUGAUCGAAAGACGAAUGGAUGGAGAUACAGAAAAAGCUCUCAUAAUGUCAAUCUAUGUUGCUAGUUGUUCUUUACAGUGUUCUUUGGAACAACAAAGUAAUACUCGGAAAUUUCUUGUAUUUUAG